AUGCCACUUUCAGAAGCGAGCAACCUCCGAAUCUUUGUGGCAGGUCUCAUUAUAAUCAACCUGAGGUCCACAUUAAUGAGCCUUCUGGAAUCAGUCUUGCCCAUCACGAUACUGGGGUCGAUCGCUUUACUGGCCACUAUCUUGUGCUUUGCUUCGCGUCGCGUCUUUAUUGCCGUGCUGAUUGCCACAAUCUGUCACGUCAUCGGCGUCCUGACACGAUAUGUGUACAAGGAAGAUGCUGACCAACUCAUCAUGAAUCUCCUUAUAUCGUUCUUUGCCUGGGCUCCUUAUCUUCUUCCGGCGCCGUACGAUUGGCACGUUACGAUAGACCUACAUUACCUGCUGCGUGGUGGCAAAUACUGGCCGAUGACAAUCGUAGCCCCUCCGCCGAUCGCAGUUCUCCUAUUCAGUCGCUGGAAUUCUGUUUUCAACCCAAGAGAGCCCAUACGAUCGUCAGUAGCCAUCACACUCAUGAUUCUCUUUAUGGGCCACUUCGCUCAAUAUCUUGGUGUUGCGUCGGUACGCCGCUUCCCAGCCAUCAAAUGGUUCUUCCAUAUCAGAUUGAGUCCCGAAGUCGACGGGUAUAGAAAAUAUUCCGACGAUGAGGAGCAAGGGGGAUUUCUUGCUUCGUGA